AUGGCUUCGGUUUCCGAACUAAUAUUUCGUGGAAAGGUGCUUACAGACACCAAAAAUAGAGGAGGGAUGGACUUUCUAGACAUGUCCCUAGAUGACAUUAUAAUGUGUAGAAAGAUAGACAGUGUAAACACUGAAGAAAGAAAGAAUGAGACACAGAACAAUAAAACAAGUACCUCAGUUUCAAUACAGCAGUCAGAUGCUGAUAAGCAUCGCCAGCAGAGAGGAUACUCAAGAUUCAGAAACAACGUUGAGGAAAGAAAUGAUAAAAAGCCAAACCAAGAACCUUUUGGAUUCGGGUCUGGACAAAGCUCUUUAAACAGGCAGCCUUUAAAGAAGCAGGAGAAGUGCAAUGAAAAUUCUAAAGCCCAAGCAGUGAUGAAUCAAGGCCAAUCAGAGAGGAACCAACAUCAAUCGGAAGGAUCUCAAGGCCAAUCAGAAGAAAAUCCACACUAUUCAGAGAGAUCUCGAGGCCACUCAAAAAGGUCUCGUGGCCGAUCAGAGAGAUCUCAUGGUCGAUCAGAAAGAUCUCAUGGCAAAGAAAAGAGAUCUCAUGGUCCAUCAGAAAGAUCUCGUGGCCGAUCAGAGAGAUCUCAUGGUCGAUCAGAAAGAUCUCGUGGCAAAGAAAAGAGAUCUCAUGGUCCAUCAGAAAGAUCUCGUGCCGAUCAGAGAGAUCUCAUGGUCAAUCAAAGAGAUCUCGUGGCCAAUUAAAGAGAUCUCAUAGCUAUACAGAAAGAUCUCAUGGCCAGUCAGAGAGAUCGCGUGACCACUCUAAGAGAUCCCAUGGUCACUCAGAGAGAUCUCAUGACCGUUCAAAGAGAUCUAAUGUCCUCAGGGAGAUUUCAUGGUCAAUCAGCGAGAUCUCAUGACCAAUCAGGGAGAUAUCAAAGAUACUCAGCAGUAGCAAUUGAGUGUGAAUCUAACAGGUAA